GCGCAGAAGUGACGCGCAUGUCAACAGCAGCAUCUAGCUAGGUGUAUUCUGUCUGCCAGCUGAUUCUUCACUGAACCGGCUUCGCUAUUUUAUUACCUGCUACUACAUACAUAGCUGUAGGAAUUCACCAUGACGACCGCACCAUACAACUAUUCCUACAUUUUUAAAUACAUCAUCAUCGGGGACAUGGGCGUGGGCAAGUCGUGCUUACUCCACCAGUUCACGGAGAAGAAGUUCAUGGCCGACUGCCCCCACACCAUCGGCGUGGAGUUUGGCACGCGCAUCAUGGAGGUGAGCGGCCAGAAGGUCAAGCUGCAGAUCUGGGACACGGCGGGACAGGAGCGCUUCAGGGCCGUCACCAGGAGCUACUACAGGGGCGCCGCCGGGGCACUCAUGGUCUACGACAUCACCAGGAGGAGCACGUAUAACCACCUCAGCAGCUGGCUCACAGAUGCCCGAAACCUCACCAACCCAAACACUGUCAUCAUCCUGAUUGGGAACAAGGCAGAUCUGGAGGCCCAGAGGGACGUGACGUAUGAGGAGGCCAAGCAGUUCGCUGAGGAGAACGGUCUGCUGUUCCUUGAAGCCAGUGCUAAAACGGGUGAGAAUGUGGAGGACGCCUUCCUGGAAGCUGCUAAGAAGAUCUACCAGAACAUCCAGGACGGCAGCCUGGACCUGAACGCGGCCGAGUCGGGGGUGCAGCACAAGCCCUCGGCCCCCCAGGGAGGCCGGCUGGGGAACGAGGCGCCCACCCAGAAGGAAGGCUGCAGCUGCUAGGAGGAGCCCCACCUUCCUCCCCUACCUACCUACGGAGUGCACUCAGCCUCUCACAUGCAAGCAUCCUCUUCCCUCCUCCACACACACACACACACACACACACACACACACGCAGAAACACACACGACACACGCAGAAACACACACGACACACGCGUCAGUCAUACACUAUACACACAGAAACAACAUUAUUAACACAGAAAACACGCAUUAUAUUAUAUACACACGUACAUUAUAUAUAUAUUUAUAUAUAUACACACACAAACCAUACACGCUGCCCUUUGCCGCACCUAUCUGAAGUUCAGUGGACAGCAGAAUGUCCUAAGGACUUUUUGAGGAGGUUUUGUUUGUGUUCUUUUAUGGACCUCAGAUUCCAAAAUGUCCUUUCUCUCUCUAUCUUUUUUUUGUCUCACAUUGUCUGCAAGCUUUAUUCUUUCUGUAUAUCACCCUGGAGAUAUGAACUCUUCUGUGUGUGCGUGCGUGCAUGCGUGUGUGUGUACGUGUGUACGUGUGUGCGUGCGUGUGCGUGCGUGUGCGUGCGUGUGCGUGUGUGUGUGUGUGUGUUCGUCUGUAAGGAGGGAAUGGGUCAGAUGAACAUGUCUGGAGUCAUGAGCUGCUGUGACAUGAGUGGCUUCUCUUUCUGUCUUUCUUUUGUUCAUUUUUGUUUGUUUGUUUGUUUGUUUCUGCCUCUUUUGUAAGACCUUUGCUUAACUUAUUCUGGCGGAUGCAGUUCUUUUGGGGAAGGGGUGGAGGUUGGGUGGGGGGCAUCAGGGGCCCACACAUCGUCUCUGAAGAAAAGUUGUGUUUUUUUCAGGUUUUUUUUUUUUUUUUUUAAUGGAUUUUAACUCACUCGACAAGAUGGCGACUUUUUAGGGGCUCCUCUGGUUUGGCUUGCUGCCCUUUUCGGGAGCACUUGUGUAAAAAAAAAAAAAAAGAAAAGAAAGAAAAGACCGAAAAGCAAAGAGAGUCUUUAUGAUUGGCUAGUAGAGUUGUAACUGGUAUGUGUGUGUGUGUGUAACAGAUCCAGUAAUAUAUGAAGAAUGCUCUGCCGGGGGCAGGGCUUUGCACUUUGUAGCGGCAGGGCAGUCAGACGUGAGGAGGAAGAGGAGGAGACACGCUUACAGUACUUCCUGCCCAAUCUCUCCAGCCUGAAGAGGAGGGCGUGAGGAGGGGCCCGGGCUGCUCUUAAUCCCAAUCUUUAAUCCCCUAAUCCCGCACCUCCCCGACUCCCUGCUGUGGCGACUGGGUGUGCAGGUGUGUGUGUGUGUGGCAUAUACAUGUGAUGGAUGGGUGUGUGAUCUCCUGUAGCAUCAAUGGCGUAUGUAUGCUCGCUGUGACAUGAGAGAAUGUGUGUGUGUGUGUGUGUGUGUGUGUGUGUGUGUGUGUGUGUGUGUGUGUGUGUGUGUGUGUGUGUGUUUAGCGGAGAUCUCAGGCUCCCAUCUUGUCUCUCAUCCCCACCCCCCACCCCCAUCUGCAUGAGGCCUGUCGAAGCGCCGUAUCACGCCGAGAUUGUUUGUUUGGUUUGCACCCGCCCCCCCCACCCCCCUCUGAUCAUGUCAUUUCUGUUGCCUUACUCUAAUGACCAUUGACUCCAGAGCUCAGUCAGUUCUUCUGAUUUGAGAUGAGUAGAGCGUCGUCCCCCUAAAACAGGCAGAGACAGGGUCCGCAGGCCGCCAUCCGUCACCAUGCGGGACCGCAGCAGACAGGCAAGCUUGCUCAACUCACGACCCCUAACUGACCUUUUAGAGACCAAAAGUGAGGAAGAGGAGAAGGAGCAUGAUGUUGGUGAUGGUGAUGAUGGGCUCAAAUCAUUUCCCCAAACUUUCCUCUGUCCUCCAACAUUAUGCCUCGCUGUCCACAGUCCACCAUUUCUGGGAAUGUGCUCACCCCACCUCCCCUCGAAUGAAAUAAUUGAGUCGAGUUGAGCCUUUCUCUGACUCUGGUGACGCAGCUUGUACCUCCAAGCUAACAUGUACAGUUGGGGAUUAUAUUAUUAGCCCCCCUCUUGAUUUCUCAAAUAAUCCUCAACUGUAUCAGAGAUUCUAAGAGUAUAAUCUCUGACUGUAUCAUUGAACUGACUGAUGCCAGCUAGCAGGUCCCAUUCAGUUCAAUGUUAACAUGCUAGCUUGAAACUAGGAGUAAAAUAUCGCCACACACCCAAAAACGCCUGGAAGAAGAACAGGAGAAAGGCAAAACUCCAUUAAUUAACUCCGGGGGAUGGAGUGGUGGAAAAUAAGCACGUAUCCAGAAAUGGUGGUCUGCUGCGUUUAAGGAACGUCCAGUCUAAAACCGGCUUUACCCGCAAUGACGACUAGGUCGGAGGACAGAAGAAACUGGACUGGAGUUUGGUGAGAUGAUUAGCACCCGAUGGGUACUGCAUGGCAUGGGCCGGGCCUGACACUACUACAGUCGUUAACGGUUCAGACGGUCACUCUGAGAACUCUGCUGAUGCAGAGCCUGGCCUGACCUGCUGCAUCUCCCCAUUCUCAAGAAGAUUUCUAUUCAAUUUGUAUCAUGUUGUAAUAAUAGAUGUAUUUUAAGUCAUGUUUAAAGAUUGAAAAUAUGUGAUUCUCAAAGGAAUAAUAGAAACCUUUGUUUUCUUUUUUUAAUUUUAAUCCUGUUGAUUUUGUUUUUUUUCCUCCCCCAUGUCGUUUUUGAUCACUGAGGUGAUUCACAACAGAAAGGCAAAUAUAUUAACCUUCUGAUGAUGAAAAUCUGUUAACUUUGGAAUGUCUUCUGUAAUUGACAUUUGGUUUGUAUUAAUAUUGUUAAUAAAGACUGUGCUGUAAAUGCUGACUA